AUGACUGCCAGCCAGGCUGCCCAGAAGAUUUCAGAGGACAUCAUGUCGGCGCAGAAGAAGAUUUCAGGUCUGCCGCGCGUGGCAGGGCCGAUAGCGGUGGGACGAGCCACCGACGAAACCGACGAAGUUGGCUUGGACCUCCUCAAGGAUCACUUCGCUGCACGUCGUGAGAUGAGCACGGACUUGGAGAUCUAUGGAGGUCCUCAUGGCAUUCUUCGCUGCUCCAGCGUAUGUGAAGGGUCCCUGAGGCCCUGCCAGGUCCAUGAGGCGGAUCGCUUCUUACCGAAGGGUGAGAUGAGCACGGACUUGGAGAUCUUUGGAGGCUUGAUGGUUCGACCUUUAAGAUGCUCGACCUUGAUGCUCGAGCUCAUGCCGUUCGAACGUCAUUUGCCAGGUUUUGGAUCUGCAGUUUGA